AUGGGACUAUCCAAGUCUAGCAUUUUGGUGUUUUGGCUUUCGGUUUUAGUCGUUUGUGUUACCUCCGUCGCGGGUGCUCGGAAGCCGUUGUUUUUGGGUCACAACGGUGUUAGAGACAACAAAAACAGCUUAACAACUACACCGGGGGAGACGACAAUCAACCGGUGCAAGUACUCGAAGAACAACGCUAACGACCUCCAUUGUUGUGAGUGCUUCUUCUUGAGCUCUAAGAAGAUGAUGAUGAUGAUCAAUAAUAAUAAUGGCACCAAUUUUGAAGAUAAAAGGGCCAACUCAGGGAUGCCUCGCCGAAUACUUCAAGGAAGCUCUAAAGAUCAGAUGAAGAGCUCUUCAUCUCUGCUACAGUCUCCAGUUUUCUGCUUCUUCCUUGGGAUGUUAGCUGUGCUUGUUAUAUUGCUGAUUCUCAUAUUGAUCUUUAGGAAGUCUCUUAAACAAAAUAAAGUGGUGAAGUUGUUAACACAAAGUGGAACAACUCAAGCAUCAACAGAUUUGUUAAGCGAUAACCUGCAUUCUUUAAGUUACUUUGACUUUCACACACUGAAAAAGGCAACAAAGAAUUUUAACCCAAAGAAUCUUCUAGGCCAGGGAGGAUUUGGACCUGUCUAUCUGGGUACACUUGAAGAUGGGAGGUUAGUUGCAAUUAAGAAACUUUCACUUAACAAAUCCCAACAAGGAGAAGCAGAAUUUCUAUCAGAAGUCAGACUGAUAACAAGCAUCCAACACAAGAACCUUGUUCGCCUGCUUGGUUGUUGCUCCGAUGGGCCUCAACGGCUACUGGUGUAUGAAUACAUGGAGAACAGGAGUUUAGAUCUCAUAAUAUAUGGUGGAAGUGACCAAAUCCUCAACUGGAACACCAGAUUAAAGAUUAUCAGAGGCAUUGCCAAAGGGUUGCAGUAUCUUCAUGAGGAUUCCCAUCUAAGAAUAAUUCACCGAGACAUCAAAGCAAGCAAUAUUCUUCUUGAUAACAAAUUUCAACCGAAGAUUGGUGAUUUUGGGCUGGCCAGGUUCUUCCCUGAUGACCAAGCUUACCUAAGCACUACAUUUGCUGGAACUCUAGGUUACACAGCGCCAGAAUAUGCAAUUAGGGGAGAACUGUCAGAGAAGGCAGAUGUAUACAGUUUUGGAGUUCUUGUGCUUGAAAUCAUCAGUGGCAGGAAAAACACAAAUCUUUCUUUACCAACCGAAAUGCAGUAUCUUCCUGAAUAUGCAUGGAAACUAUAUGAGAGGUCAGCACUGAUCGAACUUGUGGAUCCAAAGAUGAAGGAGGGUGGAUUUUUGGAGAAGAAUGUAGCACAUGCAAUUCAAGUUGCAUUGUUAUGCCUUCAACCUCAUGGCAAUCUAAGACCUGCAAUGUCUGAGAUUGUUGCCAUGCUAACAUACAAGUUUGAAAUUGUUCAAACGCCUUUAAAACCAGCUUUCUUAGAAAGAAGGCACAAAAGGAACAGAGAUCUAUCGUUGAGUAGUUAUGCAGAUACCACUCCAUCUCCUUUACAGUGAAGGCAAUGCCAAUGCCUAUUUUGUCAUGGAAACGAAACUUGCUCUCUCACUUGUAAGCCAUUUCAUUUUUAUCACAUUGG